GACUGGGGCGCGGGGACAGAGCGGAGGGGCCCUCACACCUGCCCAGUCCUGCUCACCCCACAGGCUUUCUCGUCAGAGGCCGAAAUUCCUCAGCUAUGUCCGGGAGGUUUCUGCAGAACUCCAUUGUGAAAGUUGGAGAGUUACCCACUGCAGAUGUGGAAAGAUGGCUCAUGCCCGGAUCUCCAUGUACCAGCCCCCUGAUAUUGACCCCACUAAGGCUGCCAUUGCCUAUGGCUGUCGAGCCCUGCCCAAGCUGAACGAGGAGCUGCAGUCGGAGGUGCUGCUGACAAGGCUGAAGGCCCUCGUGGCUCUGUGUGACCUCAUGCAUGACCCUGAGCAUGUCCACGAGGCCAUCAACAUAGGCUGCCUGGUGAGCCUGAAAGAUUUGCUGAAUGAUACCAACAAUAUGGUGCGGAUAAAGGCCACUGAGGUGCUCCACAUCAUGGCGACCCACAACGUGGGCAGAGAUGGCAUUUUAAAGCACGACAUCAUCCCUGCUCUGUCCUUCCUGCUGAACGACAGCCAGUCAGAGUGCCGAAAGAACUUGUUCCUGACGUUCAAGCACAUAGCCCAGAUGCCUUCAGGGGCCCAGGGCAUUAUCAACAGCGGCCUGAUCCCUUCACUGGUGUGGAAGCUGCAGAAGGAGGAAGAGGAGAUCCAGGUGCUUCUCCUGGACACACUGUCCUUCUGCCUGAUGGAGGAUGCCUCCGAGGCGCUGAACAGCCGCGUGGUGCCCAUCCUGAAGGAGAAGCUGCUCAGUACCAACGAAAACAUUCGCAGCAAAGCUGCCCGCACGCUCAUUGCUGUCAGCAUCCCUCUGGACGGCAAGAACCAGGUGUGGAAAUGUGAUGUCAUCCCCAUCCUUGUGCACCUGCUGAAAGACAAUGACGUGAAUGUGCAGGCCAAUGCCGCAGGGGCCCUCAUGUACGCCACAGUGACCACUGAAGGAAAGUAUGCAGCCCUGGAUGCAGAGGCCAUCCCCCUUCUCCUGAAAUUGCUGAAUUCCCCCUUGAGCCAGGCACGCCUGAAUGCUGUCAAGACCCUCACCAUGCUGGCCGAGGCCCCUGAGGGCCGAAAGUUCCUGCAAGCCUGUGUGCCCAACUUCCGUAGACUGGAGUUAGAUAUCAGCAUGGCUGUGCGGCGGGCGGCACAGAUCGCCAUCCAGGUCAUCGAGUGGAAACCCUGAGUCUGUCCUACUGGGCCAGACCUGAUAAACGCCAUGCCUCAAUAAAUUGGCUGAAUCUCUUUAU